UAUCGAAGAGCCAUGACAUUCCGAUGACUCGAGCCGUCUCAAGGACCCGAGACUGGAAGUGUUGCAUAAGCCACUCUAUUGAGGCUCAAUGCAACUGUUUUGCAUAUUUUAGCCGCCCCCUUGUUUUACAUAGGUACACGGGCGUUAGCGUUACUGACUUUCCUUAGCAGGCUCUCAUUAAUUAUAGGGUUCAACGAAUAGCCUACGCCUGGAAUGUGCCAGCCUCUCCCGACUACUACUUCUAGGCUCUUACGACAACCUCGACAUAAAACUACAACGUCGCACUUCGCCUAGUCGGCCCAGGCCAGGGUACAAGACAUGUAAGUAAGUGCAUCCGGAAUAUAUAGGCCGCUCUGCAAUUUUGAGAAGAAAAAAUGGGCGAGGUCGACCUCAUUCUCCCCAGUUACAUUCUCUUCACCUUCGCUGCCAUCAGUACGGACUCCAUUCCACGACAUGGCCAGGACACGCCUUUUGCUGUCACGUCCUGCCUCUUCAAUUAUUUUCGGAUGAAAAGCUUCACGAUGAUUUACGUUUAUACUUAUAUAUAUAGAACUUUCUUUGUUUCUUAUGAUUGCUGGUAACAUCCCUUCGCUUGAAAUCAAUUAUGAUACCCCAAUAAGCAUUGAUUCAUUUCAUCCGUCACUCAUUUAUUACACCGCUUCGAAGUCGAGCAGCUGGCCGGCCCUGCUGUUAUCUAGACGGCAUCCACAUGGCGCGUAAGAAUACCAAUGAAGAUGAGGCUUCGUUGGUGGGCGACAACCAUGCAAGAUUACUUUACAACUCUCUCGACCAAUACAACGGGGAACAAAAACGAAGGCGACGGCCCUCGGUUCUUCUCGCCGCACUCUUAGUACUUUUUCUAUCAUCAGCAGCGGGCAUCACCAUCGCCGUGGUGUUGAUGUUACAACCAAUUGAAGUUCAAUCAGCGUGCAUCGCUCGCGAUCUCGUCUUAUUCGCGUCCAGCAUAGCUAUGCUAUAUAUUUGUAUUCAUAUUAGGGGAUCAAGGAGGAAUUAUAUCAGAAAAGGACCCGGUCCACCACAGACAUAUGGUAAUUAUCUCCAUGCUAGCGCACUUCUCUUCGCGAGGCUAGGAAUUGCUGUAUGGGUUGCUGCUCUGGUCGCAACGAACGUUAUGAUCGCCAAGGUAACCACCUCAGUUGGAAUUGCGAAGGUUGCGCCAUAUUUGGACUUGGCGGUUUGUAUUUUAGCUAUACCCUCAUUCAUUGCGAUAUCAGCUACAAUCGAAAGCAACUCAACGCCUUUCGCAACAAAAGGAUUAUCUAGAAAUUCAUUUCUUAGUAGCAGUAGCAGCAAGUUUUCGGACGAUCUCACUGCAGAUCUAAGCGUUUCACGUAGAGCUUCUCUACAGCGAAAGGAGAGCACAAAUGCAUCCAUAAUGACAGUACCAACGGCAGAGAUCUUCCGGCUCGGGAGCUCAGGGGCUGCAGCAAGAAACCCACAACCUCUAGUAAUAAAUACCGACGAGCUAUCAUAUGAUCGGACGGAACUUAUGGCGAAUUCUCCUAUCGGAGCAACUCAUUAUAUACCUACAAUCAUAGGAACCAUUCCAUCGUCGCUAAUUCCAACAAUGCCGAAGUUACCAUUGACAUUUUCGGAGCCUCCGCCAAAACCCGUGUAUAUUCCUGGCGGAUGGCGAACGGAGUGGAACAAUACAUAUGCGGAUCAAGUCGGUCCCCAAAUGAUCACCGAACCGUCUAUAGACAACUCGACUACGGAUCAUACCCCAUACUAUUCUUCCUCUUACCCCGCCUCAUCCGCAGACACUUCUCGCUCGUCAACUCCAUCCAAGAUAUCCAAUGGGUCCGGCAGGACGCAUCGAGUGACACCGAGCACCAGUAUCGCAAGCAGUUCUCAGCGGUCUCGGUUAUCUACGGUCAGAUACGCUGCUCAACCAGAAAUCGCCAUACGGCAAGCAAUCAGGGUUAUCAGGAACCCCAAUUAUUCGCCCCCGACGGUGAUCGCAGGCGGAGAUCCGAACCGGGAGGUAGCAAUCAGGCCACCAGAGCCGGUCGCGAUGCCAAGGAAUUGUCAACAAGUUCAGGACGUGCCCCCACCACCGUCCUUACAGCGCAAACCUUCCAAUUUUUCUCGUCCCUUGCUACCAUCGACGGAUUCGGACUCGGAUUCUGCUGUUGUUAUGAAUAUACCCGAAACAAUUAGGCAGGAAUUGCCAAGGGAAUGAAUUGAUUAGAUGAAGAUACUAUUAAUGUACCUAGUAUUAUGAAGAUUUUUUGAGCAUGGCGUAUUCAUAGUUCAUUAGUCAUUGAAGCGGUCUAUCUUU